AUGUCCAAGCUCGUGUGGGGGGUAUCAUCUGACGAGUCUUCCCCAUUGCUGUCUGGGCCUGCACCUCGACCUGGUGCAGCUUCUGCGGCCGUUGCUCGUCCACCCGGUGCCGGACAAGUCAGACGCCGCGCUCAGAAUACUGCUCAAAAGCCCAACUCAGCACGCGCAGCUGGUGCAGGAGGGUCGAGCGGGACGAUGUUGAGACUGUAUACGGAUGAUUCACAAGGGCUCAGAGUCGACCCAUUCGUCGUAAUGGUCCUUUCAAUUGUUUUCAUCUUCUCAAUAUUCUUCCUCCAUCUGGCUGCCAAAGUUGUGAAAUACUUCACGAAAGUCAGCCGUGGCAAGGAUCAAAAUGUGUCCAUCGAGACAGCGCAAGGUGUUGAUUGCAAGGAAGACAUCAUACGAAUCGAGAAGGGGGUAAAAAGGAGGGCUCGGCGGCGCUCAGUAGUUUACGCUGAUGAGGUAGUCGGCGAGUUUUUCGACGACAUUUAUGGCCUCUGGGCCUUGGAUAGGAGCGAGAUAGAUAGCGACCAGAAUUGCCUGGCUCGUUUGUACAAGCACAAUUCCGUCGGGCUAGGGAAGAGAGAAUCGGGUAGCCACGUGGAGGGCGAGAGCAAGUACUUGACCCCUGCCGCUCGGAUGCCCUUUGACUGCACCGACUCCUUGUUAGCUAAUGCCUGUAUAAUCUCGGUUUGCUCUUGCGCCGAGAGCUACAUGAGGUCUUCAGCGGGUAUUCUAAACUUUGCCACUCCCGAUGAGAUGGGUGUCGACAUAUGCAAUAUCGCCUCACUUUGCCAGGACAUCGUGCUUGACUACGGUGUUGAACAGCUGAAGAGGAAACUCCGAUCUCGGCUGGAUCCGAAUCGCAGCCCCUGAAGUUUUUUGGAUCAUAUCGCUGCAUUUACACAUUCUAGUACUCAUUUUCCACGCCAUGGCUCGCAAGUUUUUCGUUGGAGGUAAUGUUCUGGUGCUUCGCUAGGGGUUGAGCUCUUUGGGAUUGAGAUCGGCACAUCAAGGCAAUUUUAAAAUGAACGGAACGCUUGCGUCCCUUCAGAAGCUGGUCGCGAAUUUAAACAGUGCCCAGCUAUCGAGCGACAGUGGUCAGUUUCCCGUCUCCGCCCCUCAGUAAUCCCAGACACUUAAAGUGUAUAAUCUAACGUAUCAAGAGGUGGUCAUUGCCCCUCCUUCUCUCUACGUCCUUCCACUCAAGGAGCUAGUCCGCAAAGACGUCGCAGUCGGGGCCCAGAACGCACACAUCGAAGUUAGCGGAGCGUUC